GUGUUAUCGAUGAUUAAACGGACGAUUCAACUUGAUUACAAAAAAACAAAUAAUUAAUUCUCUUUUAAUAUAAUUAUAUGCAUUUAAUUUUACCUGGCUCUUAUAACUUUUAGUCAAAUUUUUGUAAGUAAUAUAUGUUUUUAACUGUAAAAUUACAUUUACUUACCCACUUGUCUUAAGGAUAAUAUGCGGAGGAAACCUAACAUUCUUAUUACGGGAACACCGGGUGUAGGAAAGUCAAAACUCUGUGAAGAGUUGAUUCGAAGUGGCGUAGAUAUGGAAUGGAUUGAUGUAGGCCAGGUUGCUAAACAAUGUAAUUGUUAUUCUGGAUUUGAUGAAAAUUUAGAGUGUCAAAUAUUAGAUGAAGAAAAGUUACUUGACGAGUUAGAAUCUCGAAUGGAAGAUGGGGGAAAAAUUGUAGACUACCAUGGAUGUGAUUUCUUUCCUGAACGUUGGUUUGAUGUAGUGUUUGUGUUAAGAACUAAUAAUACUUUACUCUAUGAUCGACUUGAAAAAAGAGGUUAUUCUAGCAAUAAACUUCAGAAUAAUAUUGAAUGCGAGAUAUUUCAAACACUGUAUGAGGAAGCACUUGAUUCUUAUGAUAACAACAUAGUACAUGAACUUAGAAAUGAAACUCAUGCUGAUAUGGAACGCAAUAUCACUCAAAUUAGCUCUUGGAUCAAUCAAUGGAUCAAAGAUAAUGUUAGUAUUUAAGUAAUAAAAUACUGUUUAACUUCUUUAUAUUUAACAGAAGAAAAAUGUUACAAGUCUUAACAUUUUAACAAGACACUUGUGUUUGUAAAUAAAUGUAAUUUUGUUGUUAAGUUUAAUACUUAUAUUUUUUAGAUUCUUAGUUUUAAUAAUAAUAAUACUCUUACUUAAAUUUAUUUUAAUAAUUUAAUUUUUAAGGGUUUCUGUGGUUACUAUAAAACUUUUGAAUUUUUUAUCUUUUUGUCACUCUUAUUAACUUAUGCUUAAAUAAAAUAAUUUAUAUAGUAAUAUAAUUAAGCCUUUAGAACUUAAGAAUUGGAUUAUCCUUAUUUAUGUACACAAUACAUAAUUGAAUCCUACUAUAUAAGUGCCAGGCAUAUAAUUAUUUUGUAUCUAUGUAGCCAGUAUCACACAUAUAUAUAUAUAUCACAAUUAUUUA